CUUGGGCCAGCUAGCUAGUGUGUGACUCGUCCGAAGUUGUGGUAACCGAUAGCCUCUACAACAUACACCACACAACAACAUUUCUCCUUUGAUCGACACUUCUUCUUAGGUAAAAACUGCACCACUGACGACCAUGUUUUCGUUCGGCAUCCCCUCCCCAUGCCACUGCCAGCACACACCUAGCCGACCCCAGAGCAACGCCAUGGCCGCAGCGAGCUUCCUCUUCCUAACCAUCCUAGCUGCAGCCAUCACCACCGCCUACUCCGUUGACAGCACGAGAGAAAUAUCCAACGGGAGCUGCAUCCCGGCCGAGAGAGCCGCGCUGCUCUCCUUCAAGGCCGGCAUCACGCGUGACCCAGUCAAUCGCCUCGUCUCAUGGCAGCAACGACACCACGACUGCUGCCGGUGGAGCGGCGUCACCUGCAGCCGCCGGACAGGCCACGUCGUCAAGCUUGACGUCCGCUAUGAUGAUCCAAUUCCAACAAGUUAUGAUUUCCUUGGUUUCGAUGGUUACCCUCGCUACGUAGACAGGUAUCUUCUUCGCUGCUUGCUCUCCAACAUCUCAAGCAUCUCUAGAUUUGAGCGGGAAUAUUGUUCUUGGAGGUGCAAUGGCUAUGCCGGGAUUCUUGGGCUCUCUCCAGAGUUUGACUUAUUUAAACCUCUCCAAUAUGGGUUUUCGUGGUAGAGUGCCUCCUCACCUAGGCAACCUCUCCAAACUUCUACACCUUGACAUAGAGGGGUACACGUACACUGAUCUAUACUCAAAGGAUAUAUCUUGGUUAGCGCGGCUUCAAUCCCUGCAUCAUCUUAA